UCGCAGAAGACGAACGAUUGUGGACGUUAAUUGUGAAGUGGACCGUCAGUGGGGAAGUUUUAUUUUUUAAACCUAAAGCCGGCGGGGACACGCAGCGGAAACGUGGCGCACGGAGCUUCUGUUCGUGGGUUUUUACGUCACACAUCACGCCAAUGAGAACUGUUGCAGUCCUUGGAGGGGGGAUUGGGGGUUUGGCCACAGCUUACUAUCUGUGCAAAAGCCCCCAGAUUACGAAGGUCAUUGUUUUGGAGUCCAGCAGCCGUCUCGGAGGUUGGCUCUGGUCCACCAGGAGGUCAGACGGUGCCGUGUUUGAACAUGGACCCAGAGGAAUCCGACCUGCUGGGGCAGUGGGACGCAACACACUCAAUAUGGUGGAAGACCUGGGUCUUGCGGCGGAGCUUCUUCCCAUCACCUACAGUCAUGUUGCCGCCAAGAACAGGUAUCUGUACGUGAAGGGAAAGCUUCACAGGAUGCCAUCAGGAAUCAGCGGACUUCUGCGGACUGUCCCGCCUUUCUCUCGUCCGCUCCUGUUGAGUGUUGCCAAGGAGAUACUGGUGAAGAAAAGCAAAAAGGACGAUGAGUCCAUCCAUUCAUUUGUUUCCCGGAGACUUGGACAGGAGCUGGCAGACAUCGCUGUGGACAGUCUGUGCCGUGGUGUCUUUGCAGGCGAUUGCAGGAAGUUGAGUGUGCGCUCUUGUUUUCCACCGCUGUACAACGCAGAGCAGCGCAGAGGUUCCCUGACACUGGGCAUGUUGUUGGGCUCAGGUCCCUCUCCUGUCGUGGUCUCUGGUCCUCUGGCUCAGCGGUCUCUGAAAGAAUCGUGGGCUCAGUGGUCCCUGAAGAGGGGAGUAGAGUCUCUCCCAGAAUCCAUCAGUGACUACCUUCAACAGAGUGGCAAAGUGGAGCUUCACAGAGACGCAGCUGUUCAGCGCAUCUGUCCCUCAGCCGCUGGUUGGAAGAUCCAUUUGGAGAAUGGCGUUGUAUCUGCUGAUCACAUCUUCUCUGCCCUUCCUGCCAAAGCCCUCUCCUCUGCACUGCCGUCCUCCUGUCAACCUCUCAUUCAAGAGCUGCAGGACAUCGCCACGGUAACGGUCGCUGUGGUAAAUCUGGAGUACGACGGUUCCAUCCUGCCUGUGAUGGGUUUCGGUCACCUGCUUCCAUCGUCGGAGGAUCCGGCUUUGCUUGGUGUCGUCUAUGACUCUGUUCCCUUCCCUGAACACAACAGAAGUGACGGACAGACCACAAGACUGACGGUGAUGAUGGGCGGAGCCUGGUUCCAGGAAGAGUUUGGGCCUCCAGAGAUGGUAACAGAGGAGCGACUCUUGGAGAGAGCCACGGACGCAGUGAGCUUCCACCUGGGAGUCAACAGCUCACCCUGCUGGAGUCUGGUGUCAGUGCAUAGGGACUGUAUACCUCAGUACUAUGAAGGACACCACAGGAGAGUUGAGUCCAUGCGUAGCUUCAUAAAGAAGAACGAGCUCCCACUGUCUCUGGUCGGUGCCUGCUAUGACGGCGUGUCAGUGAAUGAUGUCAUCUUCAGUGGACGGACCGCUGUGCAGGAGUUGCUGGAGAUGAAACACUGAUCCAACAACGUGGAUGUUUAUCUAUGUUAAGAUAAUCAGGCUGAAUUGACUCGUGCCUGACUUAUUUUUUUAUUUAUUUCAGAGAUGUGUGGACACACAAGAACGAGUUCAGCCAAAUCCGCAAAAGUUUUGUAUCAUAUCGGCUUUUUAUCGAGGAUAUUUGGAGCCUUUAAACGCUAUUCUUUGGAAUACACAUUCUCAAAACACCACCAUUUUCGUGUAUAUAGCCAAUGGGAAAAUAAUGUCAUAUCCCCCACCUCUCCAACCUAACCCUUAACCACGCUAGCUUUAUUCACAUACACCAAGGUGUCACCUACAGGCCUGGCAUAUACUACAGCAUUAAGAGUCAUUUGGGGAGUUUUUUUUCCAAUUCUGGUUUUCAAAAUGGAGGAAAAUUCCAUCUUCUGUAAUUUCCCGCCAAUAGCUUCUGUUUCUGAAAUUUCCCUAUGGAGGAUCAAUAAAGGUAUGUGUUACCUUAAAUGUCUCCCACUUAAAAAGUGAAUUGUUUCACAAAUAUGACGAGAACACAAGAACACCAGCAGCCGUCAUCUUUCUAACCCUAACACCUCUCCUUCCUUUCUCGCAGGAACUGGAAAGACACUUUAUUCUAUACUUGUGCGAACUGCAGCUACUUCCUGUCAAAACAAGUUAUGGCAGUUUUGGGGGAUAUUAAAUUAAAAAGGUGUUCUAUUUUGUUUUAGUAGUUAUUCUGAUAAAAUGAAUGCACACUAGGGGUUUGUACUUUAAUUUUCAUUUUAUGGCAGUCGACAACUGCCACUGUUGUAAAACAAUAGCAGAAACAGGAAGUACGAAGACUGCACUUUCACACAUGCAUGGAAGAAAGAAAAAAAAAAAGAUUUCCCUUAUGUGGUGACUCAGCCUGUCACAUUACACAGAUAAGCUAAAUAAGAUAAAAUCACCGUUAGUAAACUAAAAUGCUGUUACUGCAGCGGUGUCUGCAAGUGUGGCAUGAAAUUUGCCAAAUGUUUCUAUAGUUUGUGCUAUUUAAAAGUGUUUGACUUGUGUUCCUUUGGCAUAUCCAAAAUGCAGUGUAAAUCAAAAAGUUACAUUCUUCGUAUGUAAAUAAAGCGCUGCCAUUGAAACCUAUUUUUUCCCCAUCUCCACUAUAACAUUAAAUCUUGUGUUCCACA